CAAAGUCUUUCUAAAAGCCCCAGUCAUUUUCUUAAAUAAUUCUCUCUUUCUUUCUCUAAUUCUCUGCACACUUAAAAAUCAUAGUACAAUUCACAAAGCUAUAUACUUACGUACCAAGAAAUUCAUAGAGACCCCAUCAAAAAAAGAAAAAGAAAUUCACAGAGAGAAAUCAGAGAGUGAGAUCUUUUUUGGAGGAAGAUGGAGUUGAAACAAAGUGUAGAGCAAUUCAAAGGCCAAACGAGGCUACCCAAAUUGGCAAUCCCAACAAGUUAUGAUCUUUAUCUCAAACUUGACCUCACAGCAUGCACUUUUUCUGGUACAGUACAAGUUAACCUUAACAUCCUUGAACACACUAAGUAUCUCGUCCUAAAUGCUCUAGAACUUGAUGUUCAUAAAGUCUGGUUCACAAAAUCUAACAACCAAACAUAUCAGCCGUGUGAUGUUGUUUUGGAUGGUGAUGAUGAGAUACUAGUGCUGGUCUUUGAUGAAAUGCUUAGUCCUGGUGAUGGAGUUCUGGGGAUUGAUUUUUCUGGGGCCCUUAACCAGCAAUUGAAGGGACUCUAUAGAUGUACUUAUGUGGAUGGAGGAGUGAAGAAGAAUAUGGCAGUUACUCAGUUUCAAGCGGUGGAUGCAAGGCGGUGCUUUCCUUGCUGGGAUGAACCUGCUCUUAAGGCCACCUUCAAGAUCACAAUAGACGUGCCAUCAGAAUUGACAGCAUUGUCCAAUAUGCCAACUACUGAUGAAAAGCUCAAUGAAAAUAUCAAGACUGUUUAUUUUGAGGAAUCUCCAAUUAUGUCAACUUAUUUGGUGGCUGUUGUUGUUGGUGUAUUUGAUCAUAUUGAAGAAACCACAGCUGAUGGAACCAAGGUUCGUGUAUAUUGUCCUGUUGGAAAGUGUGAUAAAGGGAAGUUUGCUUUAGAUGUUGCUGUUAAGGCUCUUGACAUAUUUACUAGAUACUUCUCAACUCCUUACCCACUUCCAAAACUUGAUAUGGUUGCUGUUCCUGAAUUUUCUGAUGCGGCUAUGGAGAAUUAUGGUUUGAUCACAUACCGUGAAAAUGUGCUACUUUACGAUGAUUUACUUUCUCCGGCAGACAGGAAGCAGUUUCUCACAAUUGCUGUAUCACAUGAAGUAGCCCAUCAAUGGUUUGGCAAUCUGGUAACAAUGGAAUGGUGGAGUCAUUUAUGGCUUAAUGAGGGAUUUGCAACAUGGGUAAGUUAUAUGGCCACUGACAUCAUGUUUCCUGAGUGGAAAAUAUGGACUCAAUUUCUUCUAAAAACAAAUGAUGGCCUGCGUAUGGAUGCAUUGGAACAAUCGCAUCCUAUUGAGGUGGAGGUACACCAUGCUCGUUCAAUAGAGGAAAUAUUUGAUUCUAUCAGCUACAAAAAGGGAUCUGCUGUUAUUCGAAUGUUGCAGGGUUAUCUUGGUGAUGGUACAUUUCAGAAAUCCUUAAGUUCGUACAUAAAAAGAUAUGCUGGAAAAAAUGCAAAGACAGAUGAUUUAUGGGGAGUUCUUUCAGAGAACUCUGGUGUUGAACUCAAUUCGAUGAUGGAUGCUUGGUCAAAGAAAAAAGGAUUUCCAGUUAUCUCUGUAAAAUACAAAGAUAAUAUUUUGGAAUUUGAACAGUCGCAAUUCCUAUCAUCUGGUUUGGGUGGUGAUGGACUCUGGAUUGUUCCAAUAACCUUAUCAAUUGGUUCAUAUAACAAAUGCAAGACUUUCCUUUUGGAAACUAAAUCUGGAAAAGUGGAUAUAUCUGAACUGGUUCAUUCUCCCCAUGAAAACUCAAGCUCAGUUAAUGAAAAGAAUAAAGAGAAAUGUGAUGACCAUUUCUGGGUCAAAGUUAAUACUGAGCAGAGUGGUUUCUACAGGGUAAAUUAUGAAGAUAAGCUUGCAGCUCGACUUAAGAAAGCCAUAGAGAGUAAUUGCUUGUCAGCACCAGAUAAAUUUGGCAUUUUGGAUGAUACAUAUGCUCUUUGUGAGGCUUGCAAACAACCACUGUCAUCUUUGCUUUCUUUGAUGGUUGUGUACAGAAAAGAGCUUGAUUUCAUUGUGUUAUCGAAACUCAUUAAUGUGUGUUAUAAAGUUAUGGAGAUAGCUAGUGAUGCCAUCCCAGCUGUAGUGAAUGAGUUGAGACAAUUUUUCAUUGAUCUUCUCCUCUUUUCUGCAGAAAAAUCAGGUUGGGAAUCAAUAUCUGGAGAGAGUCAUUUAAACGCACUGUUGAGAGGAGAAGUCUUUCUGGCUUUGGCCACUUUUGGCCAUAAUAAAACUCACAAGGAAGCAAUCCAGCGCUUUCAGAUGUUACUGAAUGAUAGAAAUACUCGUCUCCUGUCAGCCGACACUAGAAAGGCUGCUUUCAUUGUUGUAAUGUUAAAUGCUAGUACCACAGAUAGGAAUGGAUUUGAGUCCCUACUGAAGCUCUAUAGAGAAGCGGAUACUGUGCAAGAGAAGGAAUUGGUUUUACGUUGUCUUGCAUCUUGUCCAGACCCAAAUAUAUUGCUUGAGGUUCUAAAUUUUAUGUUGUCUGAUGAGGUUCGAGAUCAAGAUAGUAUUUACGUGCUUUUCAUGAUAAGUUCAGAAGGCCGUGAGGUAGCAUGGAGAUGGUUGAAGGAGAAUUGGGACUUGAUCUUUGCCAAAUAUGGUGUGAUGUUAACCUACUAUUGCAUUACUAAGAUUCUCCCUCUGUUCUGUAGCAAUGAAAAGGCUGAUGAGAUAGAAGCAUUUUUUGCUAGCCGUAUGCAUCCUUCUUUUACUAUGAUUUUGAAACAAAGUAUCGAGCAAAUCCGACUCAAAGCGAGGUGGGUUGCCAACAUAAGGCGAGAGCAAUCUCUAGAAGACCUGGUCAAACAAUUAGCUUCCAUGAAAUGCUAGUCUUCAUUUUGUUUCCAAAACUAUAUUGUGAAUGUAAUGUUAAGAAUAAUGAACUACAUACACUGUAUGCUCAGCAACUUGUGUUCUACAUGUAAGGAGUUACAUAUGAAGAAAUCAACUAUACCAUGAACAGUUUGCAACCUGGCAUCA